AUGUCGUUCCUUCGCAGCACUCUGACUCAAUCGCUCCGCGCUCCUAUGCGCCUGGCCGUGGCCCAGCGCUCGGCUGUCCGUGCGAUUGCUACCACGCCUCUGCGGUUCGCGGAGCACCAGCAGCCUCUGAUCCAGGGUGAGGGUGCCAAAGACGGCACUGUGGCCUCAGACGAGGACCAGAGCACCGGUAUUGAGCGCUUCGAGCUGAUGGGUCGUCUCCAGGGUGUGGACGUCUUCGACAUGACCCCCCUGCAGGCUGACCGCCUGGGCACUAUUGAGAGCCCGAUUAUUGUGAAGAGCAUGGCCUCGGAGCAGGUGGUUGGCUGCACUGGUUACCCCGCUGAGUCGCAUGUGACUAUGUGGAUGAAGCUCACGAAGGACAUCAAGCACCACAGGUGCCCUCACUGCGGUAGCGGUACGUUCUCGUACAAGUAA